AUGUCUUCCAAGAUCCUCUCUGACAAGGAUGUCAAUGCCCCCAUUGUGGGUGACGGCCACACCGCCGACGACAAGGAUGUCAAGAGUAUGGAGUACCAUCGCCAAAUGUUCCAGUCCAAGAUGAGCGAGCCGUCCCAGCAAUACGUCUCGCCAUCAGACAACAUCAUGAGUCCUUGCAGUGCCAAGAUUAAUGCUCUACGAAACAAGCAUGUUAUCAAAGCCAAGCCCAAGUCACUUUUUGCCCAGGCCAGUGCUAAGAAGCUCGGCGGUGAGAGCGCCCUCGGUGCUACGGUGCCUUCGAAGCCUUGA